CUGUAUACAUAAAUCACUUCUCUCAACCACUCACAGCAACAACAACACAGCUGUUCACACUUGACAUCCAUCACCUUAUCCAAUAUGGUCCCCGUAGAAGCAAAGCAGGCUCAGGAGGUGGCCGUGGUGAUGGUGCCCUUCCCGGCCCAAGGCCACCUCAACCAGCUCCUCCACCUCUCCCUCCUCCUCUCCACCCGCGGCCUCACCGUCCACUACGCCGCCUCCCCCUCCCACAUCCGCCAGGCCAAGUCCCGCCUCCAGGGCUGGCAACCCGCAUCCCUCCAUGCCAUCCACUUCCACGACCUCCCCAUCCCUCCCUUCUCCACCCCUCCCCCGGACCCCAACGCCGCCACCACAUUCCCCAGCCACCUGCAGCCCCUCUGGGUAUCCACUCUCCACCUCCGCUCUCCUCUCGUCUCGCUGCUCCGCUCCCUCUCCGCCGUCUCCCGCCGCCUCGUCGUCAUCUACGACCCCCUCGUCUCCUUCGCCGCCCAGGAGACCGCCACCCUCCCCAACGCCGAGGUCUAUGCUUUUAAUAGCGUCUCUGCCUUCUUCCACCUCUCCUUCAGGUGGUCAUUCCAAGAUGAGUCUGCCCUCCCAAAACCAAAGCAUCUCGAAACCAUCCUUAACCAGUCCUUCGACGACUGCUUCACCAACGAAUUCCUAGAAUUCGCUACCAUGAACAGAGUCCUCCAAGACAGUGUCGUCGCAGAGGGCAGCCUCAUCAACACUUGCCGCCCAAUCGAGGGCGAGCUCGUCGACCUGCUAGCUGAAGACUCAUUUUACAGUGGCAAGAAGAAACUAUUUGCAAUCGGCCCUUUCAAUCCUGUCACUACUCCACAAGGAGACAGCGGUCGACGGCAUGCAUGCUUGGAGUGGCUCGACAAGCAGCCACCAGCAUCGGUCGUGUACGUAUCCUUCGGGACGGCGUCGACGAUGCCGGAUGAGCAGAUAAACGAGCUGGCGAUCGGGCUGCGGCGCAGCGGGCAGCGGUUCAUAUGGGUGUUGAGGGAUGCCGACGUAGGAGAUAUAUAUGCUGAGUGCGUCGAGAGUCGAGAAAGGAAAUUGUCGCCGGAUUAUGAACGGGAGGUGGAGGGGGUGGGGAUGGUGGUGAGAGGGUGGGCGCCGCAGCUUGAGAUCUUGGCCCACCCUGCGACGGGUGGGUUCAUAAGCCACUGUGGGUGGAAUUCAUGCAUGGAGAGCCUCAGCAUGGGGGUGCCGAUCAUGGCGUGGCCGAUGCACUCCGAUCAGCCGGGGAACACGGUGCUGGUGACGGAGUAUCUGAAGGUCGGGGUGGUAGCGAGGGAGUGGGAUCGCCGGAAGGAGAUUUUGCCAGCCGGAGAGAUAGAGGAGUCGAUCAAGAGAGUUAUGGUGAGUGAAGAAGGGCAGGAGAUUAGGAGGCGUGCUAAGGCCUUGGGUAAUGCUGUUCGAGAGGCUGCAUCAGAGGGUGGAUCGUCUCGAGCCGAAUUGGACUCUUUCGUUGCCCAUGUUACCAGAUGAUCAGCGAGCAGAAGGGCUCUUCGGGUCUGCUAGUUUCCUCAUCUCUCCUUGUUACAUGCAUCCAGGUUCAUACCCUGAAUUUUCUUGGUACUUACAUCAUAUUUCUUCAAUGGAAAAAUAAUAAAUAAAUUAGAAUGAUGGUUGAACAGGCUUAAA